ACACUUGGCUUUUCACAGUGUGGCUUUUCCUCACAUGCUGGAGGUGCUGGGUAGAUCUUAAAGUCUGACUGCCAAAAAUGAUAAAAGGAUGUGAAAGAAUUUACGCAGGACAAUAAAUGUGGCUCAAAGCAGUGGAGAAUAAGAUGAAGGGGAACUCCAGUGGGGUUUUUGACAGGGCCUGUAACACAGAAGGAGCAGCGCCUGCCAAAAGCGGAAGUUCAGGCGAGGUCAUCUGGAAUAUUGGCGACUUCAGUAAAAAUGACUUCCAGAUGACUUCUUAGGAAUUCUCCAGGAAAAUAAAAGAAUUCUCGGAGAGAGGCGGAGCCAUGCCUCUUAUUUACAGGAAAUGUGCUGGUUUUGUAUCUGCUAAGAAGCCCGUUUUAAUAAAUAUUUAUAAUUACAGUGGAUAGAAGUGGCAAAGUCCCCCUGAGCUGCAGGACCAGGAGAGAUCUGCUGUGAGACCAAGCUGAUAAAGAAUUCUGGCUUUUUGAUACCUGCAGUUCCAUCAGGGAGUUUGUUUCGUGUCCCACAGUGGUCACUUUGGACUCUCCUCUCCAUGGCCCCCCUGGCUCAGACCCUGGCACUGCUGGCAAUGACCGUGGGCACUGCGGCCAUCACGGUGGUGCCCCUGGACAUGGCCCAGAGCUCCUUUGAUGACCAGUACCUGAACUGUGGCCCUGCCAUGGCUGAGGCCUUGCCGGCCCUCAACGGCUCCGAGUUCCAGGAGAACAAGGAGUUUUCCCAGGUCUGGGUGAAGGCCACGGCCGAGUGGCAGAAGCGGGGCUCCCAUUCGUCCACUCUGAGCAAAGACCAGGCCAUCGCCCUCAUGGCCUACACGAUGACGGACGUGCACAGGCAGUUCAACGCCGCCGUGCGCGAGGCUGGACGCUCCAUAGACACAGAGGGCAGCAGCGAGCACGGUAAAUCAGCAGCACCGUGCAUGCGCGGCUCCCGGCUGCAGUUCCGGGUGCCAACAGCAGGCGGCAGCACGAGCUGCUGGCGCUGCCGAGCCCCGCCCCGCCCCAUGGCGGCCCCGGGGGCUCUGCAAUGGUUUGGGAUGGAGCGAGCUUAA